CAAAGCGACGCGGCGCCUGCGGGUCUCGGAAGACGUAACCUUGGCUAGCCUGCGCACUACGACUCCCGGUGUGCCUCGCGGUCUGGAGUCAGAGGGGCCCGGAUCCGGAAGCGAGUGUGGCUUACUGCUUGGGUAGCUGGUGCUGGGGAAAUGGCCACAGGGACAGACCAGGUGGUGGGACUCGGUCUCCUGGCCGUUAGCCUGAUCAUCUUCACCUACUACACCGUCUGGGUGAUUCUCUUGCCGUUCAUCGACAGCGAACACAUCAUCCACAAGUACUUCCUGCCCCGAGCCUACGCCGUCGCCAUCCCCUUGGCUGUGGGCCUGCUGCUGCUUUUGUUUGUCGGAUUGUUCAUUACCUACGUGAUGCUGAAGAACAGGAAGGUGACCAAGAAGGUUCAGUGAAGACCCUGCAGGAGUGAAACUGCGGCCCCUCUCCAUCCCUUUCAGGGACCAAAGGUCAGAGCUAAGGACAGUCCAGGAACAGUGGCCCCUGCAGCCCUCAGGAGAUGGACCUGCUCGGGACUCACACCUGAUAGACCUGUGCCCCUUCCUCCCCCAGCCAGCAGGCAAAGGACCUGGUGGACUCCCUGUUACUUGGUUCUCUAGGAUCCACCCUCUUGCCCCAGUUUUCCCCCUGUCACAUGCUGAUGUUGGAUUUAGGUAGCCCUGAUGGCAUAAGACCUUGCCCUACACAGUGGCAGCUUUUCUGAGUGUGAUGCAACCCAGACCUCUGGUCCUGGAAAGCCUGGGCAGGACUGACAGACCCCAGCUCCACCAGGGUGUGGUCGAAUACCUAGACUAGGUGCCCAGCCGAACAUUCUUGGAGACCCAACUCCCAGGUCGAAGGCUGUUUGGGAGACAUUAACAAUAAAUGUUGAUUAAGUGUU